AGACCUCAGUGGUGUGAAGCCGAAAGUUGCCACGAAUGUCGCAAGGUUUUUGGACCUACUCGGCUGCGGCACCACUGUCGACUGUGUGGACACUCAUAUUGUCAAGCACAUUCGAGUUUGCAACAUCGCUUGCCCCAUUUGGGAUACGAUCCAAAUGUGCCGGAGCGAGUUUGUGGUCGUUGCAAGCGGCUCUUA